AUGACUUCAGCCGACCUUCACACCGCACUGUUACGCCCGGCAGUUCUUCAGAUUCUUCGCGCCGCUGGCUUCAGCUCUGCGCGUCCUGUGGUGAUCGACACCGUCACAGAUCUCGCAGCUCGCUACCUUCUCUUACUGGCGUCAUCGACUGCCCAGAACGCGUUCAACACACACAACACCUUCGUGCCGACUGUUCAGGAUGUGAGACUUGCACUGGCCCAGGCCGGGGCGCUGGUGCCCCAGAUGAACACCGUGGAGGAGAGCUUGAAAGGGGACGUGGAAAUUGUGGAGGGAGUGUGGGUUCCGUUUGAGGAUUUACGAGGAGUCGAGGCUUUCGUCAACUGGGCGCAUGGACCAAUCAAUAAGGAGAUCAGACGGAUUGCUGGCUUUGGAGAUGAUGCGAACGUGGAGGAGAUUGCGGCAGUGUUGGACGAGCAGGAAGAUUAUGUUUCUGCGUUGAAGAAGCGCCACAGCAAGACCGGCGAAGAAGUUCGCUACCAAGGCACCGUGCUCGGCAAGGAUACGGAAUUGCAAUCGGUAUCAAUCGUGGGCGGCCCUGCUUCAAUUGCAGAGUGGGCGCAAAAGUCCUUGGAGAGCAUGCGAACUGCGUCCAGCCUGCGCCCUGUACAAGAAGAGGGUGCGACCCCAGCGACAUCUGGCAUCAGCAGUGCACCGCUCACUCCGAUUGAGUCCGAGUGA